CAGAAUCUGAGUAGCCGGUGCGUGGGUCGGCUGGUGGUGUAUGCGGAGGUGAUGUCGUCCACGAUGCGCGUGACGUCACAGCCGCUCGCGCACGGCGCGGGGGCGGUGGCGGGGAGGCAGGCCGCCGCGCGGGGCAGGGGAAGGAACACCUGGCUGUCACCGCUCGGACAGGCCUCCAUAUCCGUGCAGAUAUGGCACAAGAUGUCUCCAUCGACGCCGCUGGUACAGCACGCGGCCGCCCUCGCAGCGGUACAAGCCAUACGAUGCCAACCGAACUACGAAAACUUAGACAUUAGAAUAAAAUGGCCUAAUGACAUCUACUACGGCCGGGAUGUCAAAAUAGGCGGCACCAUCACCACAGCGAACUGCAUGGGCGAUGACGUCAUCCUCAACAUAGGAACCGGUGUGAACAUAUCAAAUAAGGUGCCGACGACGUGCGUCAACGACAUCAUCGAGGAGUACAACGAGGCGCACGGCGCGGCCCUGGCUCCCAUGUCCAUAGAGAAGUUCCUGGCCCGCUACUGCACCCAGCUGGAGCGGACCUUGGACCAGCUGGCGGCCGAUGCGGGCAUCGAGGCCUUCUUGCAGCUGUACUACGAAUAUUGGCUUCACACCGGGGAAGAGAUCCGCGUGCAUACCGACGACGGCUCAAGCCCUGUCGUGGGCACCGUCAUUGGUGUGGACGAGGCGGGCUGGCUGCUGGUCAACACCGCGGCCGGCGAGACCAAGCUCGCCCCCGACGGGAACACGUUUGACAUGAUGAGCGGCUUGAUAGCUCCUAGACUAUAAUUGCAACAAUGCUGCCAUCUAGGAACCGAGAGAAACACUAUAAAUUAGGACUGGAGUUUUAGUGAGGAAACUACUUUCCGAAAUACGAAUAGAAAGACAUAAUGCGUAAUUUAGUGUUGUGCAAUUUUGGGGUCAGUCGACGAAUUGUAUGUAUUUAAUAUUUAUUGAUAUUGAUAAUUGCAUUUAUAUUUAGAUUGUUUUCUUAUCUAUAGAUGUAACA